AAUUGGUUACAGUUACACUAACAUGUAAUCCGACUAGCUUUUUCUCACCUAUCACCGUUGGUGUCAGUCCUUCACUUGAAACGCUUGAAUUUGCAAAUAAGAAGCUCACAUUCAAAAUCAAAGUGUUUGAUGCUCAAGAUGAAGAAUCAUCUGUUAGUUGUCUUGCUUUAAUUCGUCCUGCAGCUAAUCCAUUCAUUCUUUCCGGUGUUAGUCUCUUAUUCAAAUGA